GAUGAUCGAUGCAGAAAGUGUUUGGUUCAGGGGCCAUACGGUUCUUUGUUUGAAUAUUUGUUGUUUUAAAUACCAUUAUUAAGAGUUGAUUGAUAGGAGUGUGAACUGUUUUAUUAAUCAAAUCAGAAAAUUUUCAACCGACUUCUAUCCAAGUUUUUAAGGAUUCGUAGAUUGUAACGAUCAGCAUAUCGAAUUUUGUCGCCUAUUGCGCGCACAGUCCAUUUUCGUGAAUGUGGCCGGUCGAUGUAAAAAUUCCAUUGAAUAAAUUUAUUUAUUUCCAAAUCCACGAGUGAACAAACCGUCUCAAUGAUCUCUGAUUCGAAAGAUUACCGUUGAGCAGCAAACAAUCGAAAAUGAUCCGUAAUUAUUUAUCGAAGGAGAUAUUAAUUUCACUAUCAGUGAUCGGAGGAUGUGCAUUGAUUGUUUCGAUCAUUCGACCGAAACGUAGACUUCGCGUUACCGAGAAGAAUUGUGUUUUUAUAACAGGAUGUGAUUCUGGACUCGGAUUAACACUGGCCAUCAAAUGCCAUGAGCUAGGACUGUUUGUGAUUGCCGGUUGCUUAAAUGUUGAGUCUGACGGUGCCAAAAAAUUGACCAGUUAUGCCAAUAACAGGAUGAUUGUCGCAGAAGUAGAUAUUCGGAAUAACGGUAGCAUUAAAGCUGCAGGAGACAAAGUUAGCGAUUUGCUGAUACGAAAUGGAUUGAACUUCACAGCUCUAAUCAAUAAUGCCGGAAUAAUGGUUUUGGGAGAAUUCGAAUGGCAGACAAUGGCUAUGAUCGAAAGUCAGAUCGAGGUGAAUCUGAUUGGCACGAUGAAAUUGACCAAACAAUUUCUACCAAUGUGUCGCCAAUAUAAUGCUAGAAUCAUAGUAGUGACUAGUCACUGUUCUCUGCAAGCUCUACCUAGCAUCUCACCGUAUGGUGCAUCCAAAGGAGGGUUAGGGUUUUUCGUUGACGCACUUCGCGUCGAAAUGAAAAAGUAUCAGGUCGAUGUUGUCAACUUCAUACCCGGAUCGUUUAUCAUGCAGAGUAAUAUUUUCGCGAGGCAACAAGAGUAUUCCCAGGAAAUGAGAAAGCAAAUGACCGAUGAACAGCUGCAAUUCUACGGCGAUUAUUUCAAUGAAUUCAACAACUAUUUGCUGCAGUUGGAUCAAUACAGAAAGCCUGGCUUGAUUGGAGAUGUCGCUUUGUUGAAUUUAUUCGAAAGAGCGCUGCUGGAAGUCAAUCCUCGUUCAAUUUAUAUAAAUCAAAAUUGGCGGUACGCUGCCUAUCAUUUCUUAUGUGGCAUAAGUCCUGUUUGCAUUCGAGACUGGCUAAUCGUACGUUUUAUGACAAUGCCCACCUACAAACCAACUGCAAAAAAAUAAUGUUCAAAAAUAUAGAAAAAAAAAACAAUCGAAAGGCUUACAAGUGCAUAGUUAAAGAUUUAUUAAGAAGUCAAUAAAACCACCCCCGAAAUAUUAUCACUUAAAAGAAAAAUAAAAAUAAAA